CUCAAGGCACCAACCCCAUUGUCUCAGAUUUCUUCUUUAUUCACCUCUUUUCAGUACACUACAAAGACCUAUCCCUAUCCCCAUCCCCUCGCUCACGCAAGUCCGCUCCAAUCUUCUUCUUUCAGCUACACAGAAAGAAAAUCUUGAAGAUUAUCAAAACACUUCAUCAUGUCAUCUCCAUGCACCACUCAAGCGCCCACAGCCCAGGAGAUUGAAACCUUCUUCAUCCGAGUCCUCAGCAAUGGACCGCUGAGUCUCGAAGACAUUACAGACCGCAUAAACGGAUUUGGUCGCGGACAUGAAGACGCCGUCGUAGCCGUCUUUGAGUACAUGGCCGAAGCCGUCCAAGGCAAAGGAGAAGGAGAAGCAACAUACCAACUCCGCCCAGAAUACCGACCAACCACCACCAUCACAAACUCCGAGCGAGAGACCGAAGAAGAAGAACAAGACUUCACACCUACAUUACUCCGGGCACCACCCACCAACAACUCCCGCAACCACGCCACUCCAUCACUGUCGUCAACAUCUUCACCAAGGCGCAAGACACCACCCGCUCACCCGCACCCUCUCCCCAACUAUCCUCCCCCCUCUCCUCUCCACCAACUCAUCUCAGCUCACCAGCAUCAAACCUCCCACCACGACCACGCCCACAAUACACGUCCUCUCCGCUCUCCAGCCCACCGCCGUCCUCACAACUCCGGUCUCCGACACCAGCGCCAGCCGCCAGACCCACGCGGCGCGCGGGACGAAAAGGGAAAGCCACUGCGACUAAGGGGACGACUUCUCGUGUGACCAAGAAGAGCAAGAAGACUAGGGCAGACAAAGGGAAAGGGGGACGAGAGAUGCAAAAGGUACAGUGCAGUGGAGUUACCAAGAAGAAGAAGUGAUCAGGAUACAGACAUUUCAUGUAAUGGCUUUACCUUUUUUUGUAGUUGACAUGAAGAGAAGGGAGAGUAUAGGAAUAUGAAAGGGAGGAUGAGGAGUGUGUGAGAUGAGGUGGAAUACACCAAAUGAGAAGAUUUGGUACAUGUGCCUAGAAAGAGA